AUGAGUUUCAACCUUACUGAUAGAGGCAUUAAGUUGCUUUAUAGACAGAGAGGUAGUAACCUGAGAAAACUGGACCCGGAUGACGAUGAUUUAGUAAUAAGAGGCCCUUCCAUGCAAGAUGCACCUUCGGAUAUAGCACCUAGUGUUUACGAGCCUGCAGAUAACGAAGUACCAGAUGCUGAUCCGUUGGAACUGGACGGUCCGGCCGAUGAGAAGCCACUGCGAUACGAGAUAUACAGUGAUGAUAUACAAGAAAAUGGUGGCGAUGAUUUCGGGGAAGAAGAAGGGAACGCACAGGGAGCUGUAAACACACACGAGAAUUACAAUGACAUAGAUGAAUCAACAGCGUAUUAUAAUUUCCAGGAUAUGCCAUUACGGCAGCUUUCCUCCUCCAUCACAUCAAUAACAUCUAUCGAUGUAUUGGUAUCGAUGUUUACCAACCUAUUCCAACACGAUCUUAUACCACAGGCAAUGAACGUUUUUGAGCAAACAGGCGAAAGAAGGCUGAAAAUGCUAUACAAGCUGGACGUUAGAAUCUUUGAAACAGUUCUGGAUCAACUAGUGAAGGACUUCAAAGAUAUUCUCGAUAUAAAUAUGUCUAACAACGAGUUAUGCUACCAACUCCGGCAGCUGGUGUCAGUGCGAGAGGACCUAAACGAGCAACUUGUGGCUGUACGAAAAGAGCUACAGUCUCUGAAAUGCGGAGGAGAGUUGUACCAGGCACAACAGGAAUCAGAAAUUUUGGAUGGCCGCGUAGAGCUGAAUGAUAAACUGAAUGAUCUGACGGAGAUCAUAGUCGGGCAUUCUCCAAUACCGCCAGCUGCAUCCUUGACAAAAGUCGACGAGUUUUGUAACAAUAUCAACCCAUAUAGCGGAAUAGCUACCAAAAUUGAACGAAUGAACGAAACGCUAAAAAGCAUGGAAUCAACGCACCAAGAAUUGUAA